AUGCUCGACGACGAGCUCCAAUCAGCGCUCGACCGACGAGCGGCAAAAGGCACAUUUCGGCAGCUCACCGUCUACCCCACCGUCCCCUCCUCCUCCUCUUCCAUCGCUUCCACUUCCAGCCAACCACCGCUUGUCGACUUUUCGAGCAACGACUACCUCAGCCUCGCAACCUCCUCUCGCGUUCGCUCUGACUUUGUCUCCAUCGUCACCUCUAACACGGCCCUUUCGUCCCAACUCGGCAGCGCGGGAUCGCGCCUGCUCGACGGCAACUCCUCCAUCCACGAAUCGAUCGAGCGCGAUCUCACAGCGCACUUUGCCUCGUCCAGUGCAGGUCUGCUUUUCAAUUCGGGAUACGAGGCCAAUGUCUCACUGCUGAGCACGCUACCUCAACCCAAGGACGUGGUUAUCUACGACGAGCUUGUCCACGCUUCGGUGCAUGAUGGGCUGCGGCGAUCGCGGGUUCCAGGUCACCUUCGGAUCGCAUUCCGGCACAACUCAGUGGAUCACCUCCGGGAGAUCUUGAACGGUCUGAGGAACGAUGGAACGCUGAGCGCUGGCUCGAGCAGCACAGGGAGCGGAAGGAAUGUUUGGCUGGCCGUAGAGAGUGUCUAUUCCAUGGACGGUGACGUGUGCCCUCUGCGCGCGCUGCUGGAUACCAUGUCGGAGUACGUCGAGGAUGCGCGCAUCUGUGCUGUCGUCGACGAAGCGCAUUCGACUGCGCUGUAUGGCUCGCGCGGUCGGGGUCUCGUCAACGCUCUGGGACUGCAGGAUGAUCCCAGAAUCGCAGCACGAUUGAUGACUUUCGGCAAGGCAUGGGGCGCUUCGGGAGCCAUUGUGCUCUGCAGCAAGGUGGCGCGUCACUACCUCAUCAACUACGCUCGACCGCUCAUCUUCAGUACGGCACUCGGAUACCCACAGCUCGCGUCGAUCUUGGCCUCGUUCAACUCGAUCCAGGACGGCACUGCCGAGCUGGCGGCAAGGAAGACCUUCAGCAACUCGAGAAGACUGGUAGAUGGUAUCGAAGCCGUCAUCCGAUCGCGAAGAAGUGGGGCGAGGAGAAGUGUUGCACUGCCACCGCAUCUCAAGCCGUCCCAACAACCUCGAAAUGCAGGGAAAGGGGAGGACGACUUCGUAGCAUGGUCCAUGCAGCAGCCCUCGCCGAUCAUUCCAUUGCUGACGGCAGAAGCUAGAGAUCUCGCCGCCCACCUCAGGGCGAGCGGCCUGCUGGCACGCCCCAUCUGCUAUCCGACAGUACCCAAGGGGGAAGACCGGGUGCGCGUCUGCGUUCAUGCGGACAACACGACGGAGGACAUCGAUCGGCUCAUCGAGAGCGUUAGACAGUGGGUUUCGGAAGGCGACAAGCAUCAUGCUGGAAUCAGAACCGCAGGAUCCGGGCGACACACAUUGACACUCGCAUCCAAGCUGUAG